AACUAAGGGCAUCAUUUUUAAGGGCACGCCACAUAUGGGAUCGAAUAAAGCGGACUGGGUUGCGAUGUUGUCGAAGAUUUCCCGGGUCCUCCGGACAACGAACAGCGCGAUAGUUAGCGUUCUGCAGCCCGGUUCGGAAAUGUUGGCAAACCUGCAACAAGAAUUCCAUACAAUGCUCGACGACCGAGCCAAAAACCACAAACCACGAUGGAGAUUUUCUGUUACUUUGAAGAGAAGCCUGUUCACAAGAUUGGCAUGCUAUCCUACCCGCUUAUCUCAAUCAAGAGCAUCCACAUGAACCACAUGGAUAUGAUGAAGUUCUGUGGGCCGCGCGACGCCGGGUAUAUUAGUGUGAAGGAUCUGUUGUGGCUGUGGGUUAAAAGCUCCCAGGGAGGUGGCGGAACGCGCAUCGACUUCCCCGAGGUGCGCAAUAAGAGGAUUCAGCAUUUCGGCCCUACUUAUUCUGGAGGGGGCCCGGUUCUCCAAGGGACUAACUCGGCGGGACGUGAUAUGAACAUAGAAAAUGCCGCUCAGGCUACCCGUUGCUUCAUCUUGGGCUUCACCCUCUGCAGGUCUCUCAUAAGGUUAUGGGUGUUUGGCCGGCUCGGUAGCAUCGCCUCGGAGCAGUUCGACAUUAACAAGAAUGGGCUGCGGUUUGUGUCUACGAUCCUCGGAUUCCUCUGGAUGAGCGAGGAAGAGCUCGGGUUCGACCCGACAAUUAAAAUAGGCAAAGGGCCAACGAUUCAUCGAGAUCGAAUAGGAGGGUACGACUAA